AUUUUCAUCGCAUCUUUGAAAAUGUCAAAAUUUACUACAACAAGUUCGACCGUAGAACAGAUUCCAUCCUUCAGCGUAGUAGCUACGGCUGUCUCCACACUACUAGUCAGCUUGCUUUAUGCUCUUUACAACUACCUUCUUCCUAAGCCGAUUGCCGGAAUCCCAUACAAUGAAGAGGCUGUCAAGUCCCUUCUCGGAGACAUCCCCAGACUCCAGAAAGAAUCUCCCGAAACCCCCUUCAGAUGGAUGAUUGAACAAGCGCGCCGACAUGACAGCCCCGUGUCACAGUUCUUCCUCGAGCCCUUCCACAAGCCGACGGUCUUCGUCGCCGACUUCCACGAGGGGCAGGAUAUACUCAUGCGUCGCAAGGAGUUUGACCGUUCCGACUUCACCAUCAGCCUCCUGAGCGGCGAGGCCCCCAGCUUCCAUAUUAACCUGAAGACGGGCCCGCAAUGGAAGGCCCGCCGGCGCUUGCUCCAAGACCUGAUGACCCCGAGUUUCCUCAACAACGUCGCGGCCCCGAAUAUCUACAAGAGCGCAACAAAUCUUUUGGAGUUGUGGAAGAUGAAGGCAACGGCUGCCGCUGGAAAGCCUUUCAGUGCCGAACGUGACAUCUUCUACACGGCACUUGACGCCGUCUUCGACUUUGGAUUUGGUACCAGUGUCGAACAUCGAGCACUGAUCCCACAGAUCGAAAUGCUUCAAGGAAAUAGUGAAAAGAAUGCACAGAACGCAAAGGCUGCCGAGUUCCCCGUUGCGCCCAUUCAUCCCACUCUGGAGGCGGCGAUUAAGACAGCCGAUAAUAUCACUGGAGUUGCCGCAACUGGAUUUCCUGACAUAGCAUGGUGGUUUAUCGGCCUCAAGCCCAGUGUCAGAAGCUUGAGGGCAUUGAGAAAUGCAUUCUUCAAAGAGCAGGUCCAGAAAGCUGUUGAGAGAUACGAGGGUCAGGUUCAGGACAGUAGCGACAGCUACGUCAAGUCUGCAGUGGAUCUGAUUAUCCACAGGGAAACCACCUUUGCGGGCAAAGAGAACCGCGAGCCAGUGUAUUGGUCUGAUGCAAUGAAUGACGAGUUGCUUGGAUUCGUCGUAGCGGGACAUGAUACCACAAGUACAACCCUUUGCUGGGGGGUGAAAUUCCUCAGCGACAACCCUGCUUGUCGACAACAACUUCGCAAGAGCCUUCGCGCAGCUCACUUAAACGCCGUCGAAGAUGAACGCCUCCCAUCGCACGAAGAGAUCACAGGAGCUAACAUUCCAUUCCUUGAGGCCGUUAUCGAAGAAAUGCUCCGACUCGCGCACACCGCUAUUGGCCAAGAGAGGCAGUGCAAAGAAGACACCAUCGUCCUGGGACACCAUAUUCCCAAAGGCACAACGGUCUUCAUUCCCAACAAGGGCCCCAGUUUCACAGAACCAAGCUUCGAAGUCGACGAGAAAUUGCGGAGUUCUUCGUCUCGGGCAGCAGCAGAGGAGCGCGGCUUGCGGGCGUGGGGCCAAGAGGGCAUGGACGAGUUCCGGCCUGAGCGCUGGCUCACAGAGAGCGACAACGGCGAGCUCGUCUUUGACGCGUUGGCUGGGCCGACUUUACCUUUUGGUCUCGGUCUUCGAGGCUGCUUCGGUCGCAAGUUGGCGUAUUUGGAGCUCAGGCUUUUAGUAACUCUGCUGGUGUGGUCGUUUGAUUUUCGGGCUUGCGAUGAGAGCCUGUCCAACUACGAUGACAUCGAAACGUUGACCCGGAAGCCAAAGCAGUGUUUUGUAAAUUUGGGGGUUUUGUAAGCCAUGUGGGAGGCAAGAGCAUUGCAUCGGCAUCGGAUCUAGCAGAGAAGAGUAAUCAGGUACUUGCAUUAGCGUGGGUCACAUCUGAAGUUACAACUCAAUCAUUUACAAGCAUAAGCAAGUGAAGCGAAGACCUUCUCUGUAAAUUAACAGGAAAAUGAGUUGAUGGAAAUGAAGUGUGGAAUCCCAAAUGGAGCCCCCAAGGCUUCACCCCAGGACAUGGAAGGUCCACGGCAUCAACGAGGGGUGUACAUGUACUUUCGCAACCCAACUUCACG